AUGUCUAAACGCAAGACUGCAUAUUGGAUGAAACGUUUGGAGUGUCCAGUCGAUGAGAACGCAAACUACAGGAAUACUUAUUGGUGCAAUCGCGAUUUGAUCCCCAUUCCUGAAGACAGAAGGACUUGGACAUGGCAGGGGUUUGCCGGGUAUUGGGUGAUCUGCGGGAUCAACACUACGGCGUGGACGGCCGGCUCGUCACUGUUAUCGCUCGGACUUAAUGCACAGCAAGCCAUAGGAUGCGUCGUGGGUGUUGCACUCAUUUCAGCUCUCAUAGCCGUGUUGGCUGGUUGGCCGGGGAGUCAUGUGUAUUUGGGAUUCACUGUCCUCAGCCGCGCAUCUUGGGGGAUGCGUGGUGGGUUUUGGCCGGUUCUCAAUCGAAUUGUCACAGCAUGUGUCUGGAUGGGUAUUCAAGCCUACUGGGGAGGACAAGCUGUCAAGAUUAUGCUCCGUGCCAUCAUUGGUCCAGCAUUCGUGAACCUCAGAAACACUCUACCGGAAUCAUCGAACACAGACACUGCCAGUCUCAUCAGCUUCUUUGUCUUUAUUGUCAUCUUCUUGCCGCUCCCAAUGAUACCCCCUGAAAAGUUGCAGCUGCCGUUCCGCAUCACUUUCGUCAUGAUCACUGCCACAAUGUUCGGAAUGCUAGGUUGGGCUGUGUCGGUAGCUGGGGGCCCAGGAGUUCUAAUGAGCACGCCGGCAACCUUGAGCGGCUCGGCGCUUAGCUGGAAUGCAGUGUUUGGGCUGCAGUCCAUUGUAGGCUCACAAGCCUCGGGUUGUUUAGGUCAAUCAGACUGGACUCGUUAUGCACGAAGUCCUAAUUCGGCCCUCUUUGGACAAUUUGUAACGGCGCCCAUUUUUAUUGUGGUCACAGCCCUGUGUGGUAUACUAAUCACGUCUGGAGCGGCAACCAUUUACGGAGAGUACAUAUGGAAUCCGUUUGAACUGCUUCUCACUAUUCAGGACCACAGUAUGACUCCGGCGGCACGCGCAGGGACUUUCUUUGCAGGGCUUGGCUUUUUGACAGACCAGUUGGCCUUGUGCCAAAUGCUGAAUGGUGUAAGCACCGGAAUGGACAUGGCUGCUCUCUGUCCCAAGUGGAUAAAUAUUCGCCGUGGCUGCUAUAUCUUGACCGUCGUGGCCAUUGCCAUUUGUCCAUGGAAUUACGUUACAAACCCCGGCACCUUUAUCACGGUCCUGAGUGGCUGGAGCGUCUUUCUUAGCCCCAUGACAGGCAUUGUUGUCUCAGACUACUUCAUGGUCCGCCGCGGAGAGUACCACGUUGGCGACUUGUACCUGGGCGAUCAUCGAAGCGCGUACUGGUAUACACAUGGGUUCAAUUUCCGAGGCUUCGCUGCAUGGAUUCUGGGGAUGGCGCCGUUGCUACCCGGGUUUGCGCGAGCGGUUCAGGGAACUUCUAAUAAUAAUGGAUGGGAUCACCUCUAUCAAAUUGCCUACUUUUACGGCUUUAUUACAUCCUUCACGACGUAUUAUCUGUUAUACCUCGUCUUCCCGCAGGAGCGUCAGCGUGGAAGUUCACCUUUCAUGCUAGAGAUGCAGCCGGAAUUCAUAACAGGCGUGGAUGGCUUGGGCGAUAAGAGAAAGGACAUAGUCGUAACAGGAGAGAAGGGGGUUGAUGGGGUCAAACCUGGAGUUUAA